UCUCAGCAUCAGGAUUCUCUGCCUCUCUCCCUCUCUCUCUCUCUCUAUAUAUAUGGUAUCGUGCGCCUUGUCUAAAUCCGCCAAACCUUCAAGUCUCGACGCCUGUUGCGAAGCAACUCCAAGCAAACCCUAGCGCUUCUGAUUUACAGUUGAAAAUCUUGGGUACAAUGGCCACCAGUGAACUCGCCUGCUCUUACGCUGCUAUGAUCCUCCACGACGAUGGAAACUCAAUCACCGCGGAGAAGAUAGCGACUGUGGUGAAGAAGGCGAACGUGGCCGUCGAAUCUUACUGGCCAAGUCUUUUCGCCAAGCUCCUUGAGAAGAAGAGCGUCGAUGAUCUUAUCAUGAACGUUGGUUCCGCUGGUGGUGGCGCCCCUGUUGCUGUUGCUCCUUCCGCUGGCGCCGGUGCCGCCGCUGCCCCCGCUGCUGAAGAGAAAAAGGAAGAACCAAAGGAAGAGAGUGAUGAUGACAUGGGAUUCAGCUUGUUUGAUUAGGCACAUCUUCCAGUUUGGACUUUCUUUUCUUAUUUUUUUUCCCGGAAAAACUAGGACCCAACUCAAAUGUUAGUUGAAUUUUGUUUGAAGUGUUGAGAAUUCUUAAUUUACAUGACUUUUUUUUUUCGGAAAUUGAAGAUAUCACAUGAUGGAUCUUGCUUGGUUUAA